CGAGUGAAUCGAUGUGUCUUGCAUGCGGAUCCCGGAAGACAUCCUUGUCGGGAGUGGGACUACACUUGACCAAACCAACCCUCUGUUUUCUACUCUUGCCAGAAGCUUAUUACACUGGAUCCAACUAAUAUCGGAACAAUAACAGCUUCAAUCAGGCUAAUCACUCAUAUGGGUCAUCACUUGCUUCUCAAUUUCAAUGCAGUUUCAUUAAAGAUCCAGUGAGUAACUAACUUCUCAACCAUUUGUUCAUUCUUCUUGAUCUGUACAUCACUUUCGGUUACAGGUAACACUUUACUAUAACAUAUUUGUUUAUCCCCACCACCUGUUCGAUCAAUUGCCCCUGCAUUGAUUUGCUUAUAAACAUUAAGUUUUCAGUUUGGUUUCGAUAAUUCAAUGGGUUUUAAGAAGAUUGGGUUGUCCAUAGCUCGAUUUGUUCAUUCUUCUUGAUCUGUGCAUCGGUUAACACUUCAGUAUCAAUUUACGCCCACCAGCUGUUCGACCAAUUGCCCCUUAAUCAAAUUGGUCAAAAACAUUAGGUUUUCAGUUUGUUUUUGAUAAUAAUUUAAUUUAAUGGGUUUUAAGAAGAUUGGGUUGCCCAUAGCUCGAUUUGGCCGACAGGCGAAACGGUCAUAUGGGUUUAUUGUGAAGUUUGCAUCAGUGGCAAUUUUGGGUUUGUGUUUUGUUUUUGUUUGGUAUAUGUUUUCUCCUUCGGCUUCGGCUGUUACGUAUCAAAGGAGUACGUUUGGUGAGAUUUCUGAGCCAGUUUCGGAAAGGGGGGAGUUGAGAAAGAGCAAAUCUUCGGUUGUUCCGGUGAAGAAUGAACCAGAUUUGAAUUUGGGAAAGGGGGAGGAGAAGAAAGUGGUUAACGGGUCGUUAACUGAUGGAGGCAAAGACCAUAUGAAAGAAGAAAAGGGUGUGAAGAUUGUUAACGAUGGUGAUAAAGAGGAAAAAGAAGGGGAUGAGAAAGGAUCCGAGGUUUCCGAAUCGGAUUCUGAAAACGGGAAAGAAAACGAAGUGGAAGCGGAAAGUGAAGAAGGGAAAGAAGAAGGGGAAAACACCGUGGACGGUGAUUCAACUGGUGCAGAAGCUGAUUUAGAACAGGUUGAUGAGAGUGAUGAGUUAAAUGCUAAACGAGCAAAGAAGCCGAAGUUUAAAGGCCCGUUAUUUGAUCCAAAGGCUGAGUAUUCAUGGAAGUUAUGUAGUACAAGGAGUAAGCAUAACUAUAUUCCAUGUAUUGACAUUGAAGUUGCGUCAAAACGUAUUCAAAGUUACCGACAUCAUGAGAGAAGUUGCCCUAAAAACUCCUUGAUGUGUCUUGUUCCCCUUCCACAUGACGGAUAUCAAACACCCGUUAGCUGGCCCGAUAGUAAAGAGAAGAUAUGGCUUACGAAUGUGGCACACCCAAAACUAACUCAAUACGUUAAAACUCAAAGUUGGGUUGUCGAAUCCGGUGAAUAUCUCACUUUCCCGCAAAACCAAUCUGAACUUACCGGUGGAAUCGCUCAUUAUCUAGAAUCUAUUGAAGAGACAGUACCAGAUAUUGAAUGGGGAAAAAACAUUCGCACGAUACUGGACAUUGGAUGUAAAGACUCAAGCUUUGGAGCAUAUCUUUUUGACAAAAAUGUAUUUACACUUGCACUCGGGUUGAAAGAUGACCUUGUGGAUCUAGCUCAAGUUAGUCUUGAGCGCGGUUUUCCAACCAUAGUUAGCCCGUUUGGAACCCGAAGGUUACCGUUUCCUAGUGGUACCUUUGACACUAUACAUUGUGGAGAAUGUCAAAUUCAUUGGCAAUCUAAUGGUGGUAAGCUGCUUAUAGAGAUUAAUAGAAUUUUAAGACCUUCUGGGUACUUGAUUUUGUCAAGUAAACAUGAUAGUAUUGAAGAUGAUGAAGCUAUGUCGAAGCUUACUGCUUCAAUUGGUUGGAACAUAUUGGCUCAUAAAACCGAUGAUGUCAGCGACAUUGGUGUUAGAAUAUACCAAAAACCGGAAUCAAAUGAAAUAUAUGCAUUAAGAAGAAAGAAGGUUCCUCCCAUGUGCAAAGAGAACGAGAAUCCAGAUGCUGCUUGGUAUGUUCCCAUACAUUCAUGCUUGCAUCCAAUUCCUUCUGCCAUUGAAGAAAGAGGGACCGAGUGGCCCGAGGAAUGGCCCAAAAGGCUUCAUACGUUCCCCGAUUGGAUGAACAAUAGAGAUAAGUUGGUUUCAGACGCCGAGCACUGGAAAGCUACCGUUGAGAAGUCAUACCUGACUGGAAUGGGUAUUGACUGGUCAACUAUUCGGAAUGUAAUGGACAUGCAUACGAUUUAUGGCAGUUUUGCAGCUGCUCUGAUAGAACAGAAGGUGUGGGUGAUGAAUGUGGUGCCAGUAUAUGCAACUGAUACGCUUCCCAUUAUAUUUGAACGCGGGCUUGUUGGCGUUUAUCAUGAUUGGUGUGAAUCUUUUAGUACUUAUCCAAGAUCGUAUGACCUUCUGCAUGCUGAUCAUCUUUUCUCCAGGCUUAAGAACAGGUGUAGAAAAGCGGUAAGCGUGGUUGUUGAGAUGGAUCGCAUAUUAAGACCUGGUGGUUGGGCAAUCAUACGCGACAAGGGCCCGAUACUUAAAUCGUUAGAAGAAAUAUUCAAAAGUUUACAAUGGGAAAUAAGAUUGACAUUUGUGCAGAACAAAGAGGGCAUUUUAUGUGUCCAAAAGAGCAUGUGGCGACCUUGAAGCAAGUUAAUUGUUUGCUGUACGCAAACUGAUUGCUAGUUUUUGAGAAUUUUUCAUGUUGAGUCAACUUUUUGAUGAAAUAGUAAUAGGAGAAUAGUUUGGGGUUUGUUUAUGGAAAGUGUAAAUUUUUAAGGGGUGUUAUUGGAAUUUAACAGAAGCUUUUACUUUCA